ACCUCGCGCCGACCCAUGAGGCGCGCCAAGGAAGUUCUUAGCACAAUUCAAAGUCAAGGCUGCCGCAUCGAACCGAUCAUUCGGCCAAAAGGAAAGGAAAAACGCCGUUGGCCGUCCUGACGCAAUUAGGCUUGCAUAAACAACAAAAGCGACCCGUCAUUGUUUCCCGCCGCAGCAGAUGAGCCCAGCGAGGGCGCCGCACCCGCAAGCGGACAGUCGGCGCCAACACGAGGACCGAAGCGGCUGGCGCGUCUCGCCGACACUAAUAACUAGCCAGGGCCUGCUAUUCAUCUGCAAACAGCUUUCACCCCCUCGCCCGUCUUCUUUCGAGCUCGGAAGUGAGGCUUGCAGUUCGGUACCAGUGUGGCAGCCAGCGAAGACUCUCUUUACUCACGUCGUUCAAACGGGCACCGGUGCCAUCCUGCACGCACAUGUGAAUCAGAUGAAAAGCCGCACAGACGCAGUGUCCGCAAGUGAAGCUUCGCGUUCCCUCGUCGUCAUUUCCUGACAUCGACUACCCCCAGCGACUUCUCGCACAGCCGAAAUACGUGUUGGGCGGGAGAGCGAUAACCUUGUCUGCUGUGACACAUAUACUGUGCUGACUGUGGUGACUGCGCACACACCUUUGUUUGUGGAGGUGAACUUCGUUAGUGCUUGCGUGACUCCGGGGACUGCUCUGAGAUACCGGGUGUAAGCGGCUUCUGUUCAUCGCAGCUGUAGCCAUGGCAACCAUUCGUAAUCGAGUAACAGCGUGCAAAGCAGCUCCAACAGAAGAGGUCACGACGUGCUUCUCAAAGGCGACCAUAACCCGGAGCUUGUCAAAGUCCUCGCCUUCCUUCCAGUUUCUCUGCAGGCAAUUUCACAAGCCCCGGGACUCAUUGCUCAGCCAACCUGAAGGUUUGAUCACCCUCAGAGGAUUCGCAAACUUCACUGUGGUGUUGCUGGUACUGUUCAACUUGAAAUUGGCUCUCUACAACAUAUCGAGGGCGUUCGCUUACUGCCAACUCACAACAUGGCUGCUUUACGUCUUGGCUGACACCGCAAGCAUCCCACCUCUCUUGGCUGCCGCCUGUCUCCCAGUGGCGGUGUGCGCCGCACUUCAAGCGGAAAAGCUACUGGAAAGGAAAAAAGUUGGCACAAAGACGUUUAUGGCCGUGAUAGGGGCCAACUUGGCGGUGCUGAUCGUCGCUCCUCCGCUGUUCCUCCUGAUUCCAGUGCGGACCAACCUGGUGGCAUCCAUAGCCUGUAUUUGGUUGACGAUAACCGUCUGGCUGAAACUGGUGUCUUACCACAUGGUGAACUGGUCUUCUCGUCGGGAACACCUAUCCGAGCACAAAACCGGCAACGGAAACGUCUCCUCGGCAGAGAAAGAUGGUGCAGUCAGCCAGAAGGCCAACGGUGCAGCUGCCAACGGGCAUAUUUCCAAUCUUGUCGUCUAUCCCGACAACCUCUACGCUGCGGAUAUAUGGUACUUCAUGCUCGCUCCCACGUUAUGCUACGAGAUCAACUUCCCUCAGAGGCCCAAGAUACGAAAAUGGUUUCUGUUUUGGAUAACCUUGGAAGUAAUAAUUAUACCACUGCUCGGUAUGACACUGCUGAACCAAUGGGCAUUGCCCAUCAUGGCCGUAACUGCGAAAGCGUACAACGAAAUGGACAUGUGGGAACUAUUCAAAGCGUACAUAGACCUGGUGGUAUGGAACACCGUCUUUUGGAUAAUGAUGUCCUUUUGGCUCUUCCACUCGACUCUCAAUUGGCUCGGCGAGGUGCUGCGGUUUGCCGACAGGGACUUCUACAGAGAUUGGUGGAACGCCGAUUCCGUAAGGAGCUUCUGGAAUCGGUGGAACUUGCCCGUGCACCGCUGGUGCUGGCGCCACAUCUACAAUCCGCUCGUGAGCGCAGGGUUUACCAAGUUCCAGGCGCAAAUGGCAGUGUUCGGUGUGUCCGCCGUUUUUCACGAGUAUAUCAUGAGUCUUCCCCUGAAGAAGGUUUACGGCGUGGCAUUUGCCGGCAUGGCUAUACAGUUGCCGCUUUUCUACCUAUACGACAAUGUCAUACACGAACGAUUCCCGAAAAUCGGCAAUGGACUUAUUGUGGUGCUCUUCAUAUUCGUGAUGCCCUUGGUUGUUAUUCUCUACUACUGCAAGUAUUUCUCCAUCAUCAUAGGGGGACAAUAAAGGAGUUUCA